AUGUUUUGCUCUGUCUCGCUGUCGCUGCUCUGUGGCUCACUGCUUCCACUGGUCGCUGGGGCCGUUGGGGUGCCUCAUGCCCGGGCAGACAAACACUAUGCCAUUAUGGACAAUGACUGGUAUACGGCAGGCUUCGUGCCGUAUCUGAUCGCUCUCGAUGGGGAUAUUGAUGUCCUCGCCCUGGCUUCAGACACCGCAAACAGCUGGCAGCCUCAGGUGGCCCUGCAUGCCGUAGCAACCCUGGAGGCGGGCAAUCUCAGCUGUAUCCCCGUCUAUCCGGGCGCCACCUGGCCCCUGAUCAACACCCCUCAGCGUUUCCAGGCAUGGGAGACCAUCCACGGCAAGCUGCCAUGGGAGGGAGCCUUUGCUCCCGAGAACAGCACUGCAGAAGCGCAAGGCAACGAUCCCACCUCGGGUAACCCUGAUCGAAUUGUCAAGGCGGCCUUCAAAGAAGGCUUCCCCAAAGGCCGGCCCAGCAAUGCGACCUCCGCCGCGAACUUCAUGGUCGAGAUGGUGCACAAGUAUCCGAACCAAGUGUCUAUCUACUCCGCCGGUGCCCUGACCAACAUUGCGCUGGCUGUCCGUAUGGACCCACAGUUCGCCUCGCUUGCGAAGCAGCUGGUGAUCAUGGGUGGUUAUGUGGAUGUGAACAUGUUGGAGGCCACUGGUAGCAUUCUCCUGGCUGACUUGCAAUCCGAUAUCAACCUCAUGAUUGACCCCGAGGCUGCGAAGAUUGCUUUGACUGCCGACUUCCCCGAGAUUACCAUCGCCGGCAACGUGGCCAACCAGGUCUUCCCUAGCCAGGCAUUCGUGGAUGAGGUCAAGACCGCUAAGAACCCGUAUACGGAACUCUUCAGCAAGUACUAUGACCUCUCCUUUCCUUUCUGGGAUGAGACCGCCGCUGCCCUUAUGGUGGACCCAUCGAUCGCCCUCAACCAGACAUCCGUGUACCUUGACGUGGAUACCUCCUAUGGCAGCCCUAACUACGGUAACAUCCAUGUUUACCAGAAAGCUCUGGCACCUGCCGGCAUCCGCCAAGUGAACUAUGUCUUUGAAGUGGACGCGGACAAGCUGAUCCAGCGCAUCAAGCACUCGUUGAUGCAUCCCAAGACCUGUGCCGAUUUGAAAUAG